AUGGGGUUCAAUGGGAGACUACAACGAAGACAGGAGAAAUUGGAGAAGGAAUGUGAGAUGGUGGAUUGGGGUGUGCCACUGGCAGAUCUUCCAGUCAUGGAGUGGGACGAAUUCCAACAACAGGCGAGGACAGGAUGCAAUAUCAUAGUCAUCAGGGGGGCUGUUCAUGAUAUUUCAGGUUUUGUCACAGAGCACCCGGGAGGCACAGCUAUGAUCAUAGGGGCGAUGGGGAAAGACGCAACCGAGAUGUUUGAGGGGGAGUAUACGGUCAUUCGGGGGCGGCCUUUAACCUUUGGAAUACGAUGCGGAUAG